ACAGGAUACAGGAACUUACCCGAUAACUCUUAGUAGUCGACAAUUAGCCUACGUAUUGUUAGCUAAAAUCAUACGCAUAAAUGAUGACCAUAUAAUAUUUCGACCUGGAAGUUAUGCAGGAAAUGGAUUUAGAAAAAGUGAACGUAACGAGUAAAGUCUUAGCUCCUUAUGAGUUUAAAGUUCCGUUAAAACGUUUAUCCAAACCGAAGAAAGUACUCUCAGAAGAUGAAUUUUCUCAGGUGUGUGUCCUACAUUUAUUAAUUUUUAGUUUUACUAUUCAAUUUUCUUUCUUUGCCUCACAAUUUUAAGUUUUUAUUUUCAGAAUAUUCCCAUGGGGUUUUAAAUAUUAUUUUAUAGCAUCACAAAGGAGUCGAAUGGAGCCUAAUUAAAUACCAUAACCAUAAAUUGCCAUACAAUUAAAAUGAUAAAAUGUGAUGACAAUGUCAAAGUCAAUGAUUUAAAUUGGCCAUAUAGUGUAGGUACUCCAGUAAAAAUAUUUUAAAAUUACAAAAAAUUAUAACAAUACUUCAGUUAUAUAGAGCAAAUUUCAAAUUUAAAAAAAUGAAAUCAGAAUCACCUUUCUAUACUUAGUACUUUUUGAGUUUGAGCUAUGAAUUAUUAAUUAUCCAACAUCCAAAAAUUAAAAACUCUGCCUGAUUCUUUCGCGGUGCGCUGAUGCCCAUUUCUCAUUUUUAAGUAGUCUCCCUUGCUAUACAGAAGCGCCCAGCCAUAGCUGCUCAAAGCUGUGGUGGAACAAAUUUGCCUAGGACUGGUCUGCUGCACACUAGCCACAGAAAACAAAAAAUUCUGGCCUCUACUAUAAGGCUGAUGUGUAGAAAAAAUAUAACAAAGCAUGUAUAAGUUGCUUCACGCUUAUUUCAUUUAAUUUUGGCCUAGCUUCCCAGGAAUUAGAAUCACAAUCUUAUGAGAAAAAUAUUAAAAUUUCAUGUGUCCAUAUCCUUCACCCCAAAAUUAUGUUCUGUUUCACAAAUGGCGUUCACAAACAGCAGACUACGGUCAAAAACAGUGUUCCUAUACAAUUCCGUAAUACAAUCUGUAUACAAUCUGCUUGUACUCUUCAACUGCCAUCCCUCUCUCACAUUAAGAAAACAACAUUACAUAACCUGACAGUGACUGAAAUAUUUAUUUUAAGGAAAGACACUGAUAAUAUUUGGUAGUAUUUACAUCGACAGACAGACACAAAUCUAGUUUUGACUUACUUAUGAUAAUACUUCCCUGAUGUGUGAAAUUUUUUUUUAAGUGUACCUUUUAGUUUCACAAACUUAGUCUUAGUCAUUGACUUUCCCAUUUUCACUAAGUUGAAUUUACAUACUUUAUUAUUUGGCAUAGACCUUAACUUAAGACAAAAAAAAUUAUUAUAUUAGGUUUGUGUUGAAGAGUAAAAGGGCGUAACCAAUAGCUGUAAACUUCAGCUAUUUGUAUUGAUUAAAAUUUUGCAUUAAUCUGAAUUUAAAGUAAAGUCAAGACAUUAAGGUUAAUAUUAUAAUGCAAACAUUCUCUUAAGGUUGCAGUAGUGGGUAGUCAGCAUAUGACUUGUUGAUAUUAAAAAAAUCAGUUCUGUACUGGCUGUACAUCCCUUUUAUCCUAUCUUUACAGAGUAUCAGCAAAAUUAUUGAGAGGGAUUUUUUUCCUGAUUUGCCAAAGCUUGAGGCUCAAGCUGAGUAUUAUGAGGCCCUGGAAAAAAAUGAUUUGGUUAAGUUGAGGGAAAUACAAAUGAGAUUCAAGAGACCUGAUACAGGCUGUUCAGAUGUCUGUGAGUACAACUAAUCAAUUUUCAGCUAAUUUUUUAAAAGUUUUUUUUAAGAUCACAGUCAGCAGUAUUCAUUGAAAGAUACCUAUAAUAUAAGCUUCUUUUCUUAUAGAGAAUGCUGUGAAGACUGAGAAUUAAAAUUAAAGCCUUUUAUAACUUUGUAUUUUUGUAUGCAGCAAAGAUGGGUACAUUACUAACCAAAUACCUAUUGAUCACCCAGCAUUUCUUUUUCUUUCAUUAAAUUUUUUCUAUUUUUUAAUAUUAUCAAAAUAUUAAUUUGAUAAGCUAAUGGUAACUCAAUGAUUAAAAAAGAUUAUCCCAAUCAAUGUGUAUCUUAGUGCAACUCUUCUCUAUUCUCAGCCAAUACCCCAUCCACCUUUGAAACUCCUGCUGAAGUUCGAAGGAGAACAACUCCAGCAAAAAGAAAGCAGAUCAAUAGAUCAGAAGAUGGAGGCAAUAGUGAACAAGAUGAUAUUCAAGAGGCGAUGGAAAAUUUAGAAGAAGGUGUUAUUUUUUGUUUUCAAAGUUUAUUCUAAAAAUUGUGAUUUUAGUGUUUUAUAAUAUGCUUCCAUUUUUAGAAAUAAUAAAUCUUGCAAACAACUUAAAAAAAAUGUAGAAAUACAUUUUAGAAAUAAUACACAACUCAUAUUUUGGCGAUAUAAAAUCACUUUGAUCCACAGGAAAGAAUAUUUUAUGUUUAAUAAUUUAUUUUUGGCAUCAAAAAAAGAGUUCAAAUAACUUAUUGAUUAUAUUUUUAAUCAUCUUUUUCAUAGAAUCAAGUGAACCCAGAAUAAAAUUAGAUGCUUUUUUGGCUAAGAAUACAAGUGAGGAUAGUGCAUCAUUUGCAGAAAUUCUCAAGGAGUCUGAAAGAAAGCAUCGAUUGAAACAUGCUUGGAUUUUUGAAAAGGAAAAAGAACAGUUAGCUGUUAGUAAUUUAAAUUAAUAUGCUCUUUGAUGUACCUUUGGUCCAAAAAAAAAAUUAAUAGAAAAUCAUACACACACUUUAAAUAUAUCUUUUUCAUAGAGGAAAGAGAUUAGGCAAUUUUUUUUUUCAAAUUAGAAUAUAAUAAAUACAUUGAGUAUUUGCAUAAAAAAAGCCCUAAAAAAAUAAAUAAAUGUAUUUGCCUUAAACUUAAAUGUUAAUAAAUAGUUUGUUAAUUUAACUAUCUGCAUUGAUUUGUUAUUUGGUUGAUAUAAAAUAUGUAUGAUCAGGAACAUGAAGACAUGAUUGCCCUCCCACCAAUAGAAGAGCAAGCAGCCAUAAAAGAUAGACCUGCACACAUUAACUCAUGGAAAUACACAAAUGAAAAUGCUGUGAUGUAUGUACCAGAAGGUAUGUUAUGGAUUUUAAACCUAUGAUAUCUUUCAUAAAAGAUUAUAUAUCUUAAAGAUUUAUCACAGUGAUGUAUGUAUUUUAUAAUCAAUUUUAAACAAAUAAAUAUACCAGAAAAAAUUUGAGAAAAUUCAAAAUAAAAUUUUUAUCCUGGAUAUUGUACAUAUGGUUUGAUCUCAAGUUACUGUACUUCAACUACUUGUUAAGUUCUAUGAUUUUUUAAAAUUGUAAUAGUGUAUCACAAUUGUACACAUGUAUUAGAAUUUUUGCUAAAGAAGUUUAUUUUUUACUAACCUAGAGAUAUUAGUCAUAACAUCCAGGUUAAAAUAUCAAAAAUGGUACUUAACGUUCUUUUUUGUUAAAUAUCAAAGUAUUUAAUUUGAGGCCCAUACUGGUGCAAUCUUAAAAACUGAAAUUAAAAGUUGUUUUCUUAAUAUUUUAAGGUCAGAUAUUUCUAAUUUUUAUUUGAAUUACCAUAUUUGAAUUUAGGCUUGGAUCUCAGUGCGAGAGAGAAGAUAGAAGAACAGAAACACAAGCCAAAGCAGAUAAUCCAUGAAAAUACAAGAUUUCAACACAACCCUUUCAACAAUGCUAGAAGUAAAGAAGCCAUGCAGAAAGCUGCUUGUUUUAAGGCUCUGACCAAUUUAGGUAAGUUAAAGUGAACAUACUGAUGUUCAGGGUAAACACAACACAGACUGGAGCAAAAGCUGCAUACGCACUGAGUGCACUAAAGUCUUAUUAUUUGUAUUUUGUAUCAGGUGCUUACAUCAGGUGCGUAAGCACCAACUGAGUGCACUAAAGUCUUAAUAUUUGUAUUUUGUAUCAGGUAAAAUUGGCCAUGACGGUAAAGAAAUCCAGCCAAGUCAGUCACCACAGGUCAAUGGUUAUGGAUUUGUGGCCACACCAUCACCUGCCCCAGGUGUUAAUGAAUCACCACUGAUGACAUGGGGUGAGAUUGACAGUACACCCUCCAGGCUGGAUAGCAACAAUGAAACUAUUCCUGGAAUGACACCAGGGCCUGUGUUUAGGGUAAGUCAGGAUCCUUCUGAUGAGAUUGCAUGGACAUAAAACUCUGGUUAAAUUAAUAAUAUAGACAUAAAAACUCUUGUUAAAUUGAAUAAUAUGACCAUUGGGAAAGAAUACAUCUCAUUUAGGUAUGCUGAUGUUAGAGAUACUUGCUAAAUAGAAGCUAAUAAAAUUAUAGGAACAUUUUAUUUUACAUUAUGGUGAUUUAAUAAGAUUAAAAUGGUGACAUAUUUCUGAUUUGAAAAAUCCAUCUUAAUGAAUUGGUGAACAACUUUUUUUUGUGUGGAGGGAUGUAUAGAAUAUUUUUUUUGGUGGGAUGCUUAAUAAUUUUCCAGAAUUCUGAAUAAUGGAGUGUACUAUUGAUUAGAGCUUGGAAAUUUAGUGCUACUAUUUUUAGCAGAGUUUAAUUCCAAUGCUUCUGAAAUGACCUAGUUUGUUGUUUCAGCCAGUUUAUUCAGAGAAUCAAGGGUCUAAUCUAAAUAUUAUUACUAUUAAUUAAUUAGUUUGACAAUUUUAUACUGUGAUUUUUACUUCUGAAAUCCUUUUACCAAUAAUUAUAAUCAUUCACUCUUUGUUUAUUUUACUAAAAAAUUAAUUUAGUUCCUGGAAGGUCUUGUAGGUUGUUUUACUGUUAAACAUUUCAGAUGGCAGCGUAUGCCCUGCAGGUUGUCCAACCCAUGGUAAAAUAAAUCUCUCUUGUUUAACCUUGAUUUUACAAAUAUUUUCUUUGAACAGAUACCAGCUGUUCCUAAGAGAGAUAGACUUGCCCUUGAACUUUCUGAAAAAGCAAGCAAAGCACACCGUGCAAAAAAGGAAGAGGCCAUUCGACAAGUUACGCGUAGGUUUGCCAGGUAAUCUACUCUGAAGUGUGUCUGUUUGGUAUCUUUAGAUGAAACCAUUUACUCAUUAUUUAAAACAUUAUCACCCUUGCAGUAUUAACUAAUUUAAUUUGAAUACAACAAAGAGUCCUUGUCAUGAGCUAAUUUUGUACUGUAAAAUAUUUUUUUCCAGUCCAUCACCUUCUGCCAAGAUAGGUCUAAGUUCAGCUGAGCGGCUCAAUUCUAUGUCCCCAGCAGCCCAAAGACUUGCCAGUAAACGUCUUGGCAUAAAAACAUCUACUGAUAAAGCACUUCUUGCCAGUUACACACCCAGCCCCUCCCCAUCUCACAGACUGCCAGGUACUAAAACUCCAGUUCGACUCACCCCUGGUUCAAGACGGUCUCAUGGUUCCCUGCCAGGUAGUCCAGCAGUAUCCACACCGGCCAGUGAAAGAGGGAAUGCAACACCUGAAAACAGCAGGGACAUACCAUCUCUUACAGAUCACUUACUGAACUUGCCCAAGAGGAAGCGGAAGUCUGCAGCAGAUUUCUUUUGACAUUUUAGCUAAAUAUUUUACCAUUAUGCUGUAUUGAUUCAGGAAACACUGUAUCCUUUGUAUUUGUAUGCAAUGGCUAAUUGGCUUGAAACAGCAAGAUUUGGAUUGAAGUGCAGGGGUUGACACUUGGUAUUAGAGACUUGCAAGUAAAUUUCUUUGACAGUAUAUGGCCAACAAUGGUAACAAACAUUAUAAAAUUGUUUAACCCUGUUUGUUAUGUCAUGUAAUUAGCUGAUCUUCUGUCGUAAUGCCCCACUCUGUGGUGUUGCAGCCGAUAUAAUUGACCGCUAGCAAAAUCGUCAUUAAAAAUGCAAAUAAUUAAAAGUAAGUUAAGGGAAAAUCCCUUUAUAGAAAUGACUUUGCUUCCCAUUUAUCUAGGCUUGUUAUGUGAGUAAUAAGGAGUGCGCAAUUUUUUGGACUGACAUUAUAUCUGAUUCUGGAAAAAGGGUCCCUCUAGAUUGCUAAAUCAACACAGACUUUCUUUAUUGCAAUCAUUUCAAAUGGAUUAAAAUUAAAACGAUGAUUUCAGAGAGAUUCCACUUAAUAGUAAUGAUAGCAAUAGCACUAGCGGUGAUGGUGACAGGAGUCAUCUAUUGAAAUGUUUAGCCCUAAGCUAUAGACAAUUUAGUUUGGGUUGGAAAAAGGUGAAAAUAGAACACAAAAGACAAAGAUUGGAUCCCAAAGACCUAUUAUUUAGAGAUUCAAUGAAAUUUAUAUUUGUGUAUGGUUUAAAGUAUUAAUUAAUAAAAAUUGGAUUCAAUAAAUUCAUUGGAAAUGAAUAUUUUUAAGAUGCAUUUCAUGUUUUCCCCUCUAGUUUUAUCAUGACAAUAUUCACGGUAGUAAAUGAAAAAAUAAAUCACCAAGUACGGUACCUAUAAUUUGACAUUCCUAAAAGUAUAUUUCUUUUAUUUUUAGUAUCUAAAAAACCUGAAUAAAUGACAGAUAGAAGAACAAAAUACAGAGAUUUGGGUGGGUUGAAUGCAGAACUUGAUUAGUAUAAUUUUACUGAAUGUGUAAAGCUCAAGAUCAUGAUCAACUUGCAAAAGGUAAUAGUAAUAUAAAUAAAUAAUUCUUUUUUCAUACCAUUUGAUUCCUUAUCCUAUGUUCUUUUGGUUAUGUAUACAUGGAUUGUAAAGGUAUCUGAAUUCAAUUUGUGUGGGAUGUUAUUUUAGAAAGUAUAUAGAAAUGCUAUAAAUGGCUCGAUGCCGCAGAGCAAAUGCACUUGAUAGUUCAAGGGUUAAAACUUUUCUAACUGGAUAAUUUUAUACAUAUUUUGUGAUAAGCUUUACCUUGUGGAAGUAUACCCCAAGCCUUUGUAUAGAUACCCAAUCUUCAUAGAUACCAUAUAUGGAAGAGCACAGUGCCCAUUCCUGCCCAGUGUUUUUAUUGUGUGUUAUCCUAUUAUUACUUACUUGAUUAAAAAAAGUUAUUUGUAUGCAUCUAGUAAUUUAAUUUAUCCUAUUCAGUAGUGAGUGGAACAUUUAUGAGUUGGUAUGAUGAUCCCUUGACAGCUGAUUACAGGGAAGAGGAAGAAUAUAAUAUAACCUUAUAAGUCAUAUGUAAGAAGUAAAUAGGGUCAAGGAGUUGUCAAAGUUCUGUAAAAGUAAAUGGCUGUUUAACUUGUACUUGUGUGCAAUGUUGCUUAAUAGAAAACAACUCAAAUAUAUUAUUUAAUGUUAUACAAAUAUGAACAGGUUAUGUGAAUAUGUACCUAGGAGAGAACAAGUGCAUUUACAUUGUUUUAAAUCCACUAAUGGAAAUACUGUAUUAACUAUUUUUAUAAAGAUUAUUAGUAGUAGAGUGAUAAAAAUUGUUUUAUUUUUAUUGUCCCAAUAUAUUAGUCGUUUUUUUUCUUCACCAGGACAUAAUUAAAGUUUUUCUGCCAAUCAUAUUUAUAACUACCGGGUACUUUGAUAUAAGAAGUCUGGGCACUGUGAAACACCAAUGUUUCAUAAGUCUCAUAAGUCAAAACUUAGAAAACAAUUUAGCCCGUUUGUUGCACUGCAGUAAAUGAGGUGGGUUCCAUCAUAUCAGCAGUGCUUUAUUUUCCUAAUCAUGUGGAAUUUAUAACUGAAUAACUGGCUAUGUAACAGAAUAUCGUGGAACUAGUGGACAUGUCAUUAUAAAAAUGCUAAUUAAUUUAUUAGUUUAGGCAGUACCGUGUCAAAUAGUACUUAUCUGAGACUUAUUUUCAUGUCAUAAUUUUUUUUUAAACAAAGGCAAUGGUCUACUUUGUAAAACAUUAAAACUGUAAGAAUGUUCUUUUUUGCAUUAAAAAAUAUGUGCAAUGUAUAACAUGAAGACCAAAAAUUGAUGCAUGACAACCAUUUAUUGCUGAAUAAUUUUAAAUAGAAAAAUAAAUAAAACACUUGGAAGCAUACAUAACCAUUUAUAUAACUUUUAAAAUAUUGAGAUUGUAAUGUUUAACAAAACUUAUUUGGACCAUAAUUAUUGAGCUCUCAUGAUUCCAUAUAUUUGUUAAACACCAAGAAUGUAACUGUUCGCCAACUAUGUAACUGUUGACUAUCUCAAAGAAUUUAAAAUGUAUUGGCUGUAAUGGGCAGAGGCACAUUAUAACAGCCAUAUUAAAAUAAAAUUGAAAAUCAACAUUGAAACUAACAACUCAUUCAUUUAGUUGAUAACUUAUUAUGAGCUUAAUAUUCAAGUACAACUUUAUUAUCUUAAAGAAAAACUAGAGGAUUUAUGCAUACACAUUUUUUCAUAAAGCAUAGCAACCCCGACAUUGUUCUCAUGGGAAUGAAAAAUUAUGCACAUAUACACACAAUAGACUACCAAAAAUACAUUGCUUUAAAACACAGCAUCUUUCAGUUAACAAUUUUUAAAAUCAUGUUAACACUUUGCUAUAUUGCAAAACUUUGAUUUUUUUGUUUGUAAAUACACCACAAAAUGAAACAUUGUUUAAAUAAAUGCCUUACUGAAUAUGGCAUAUUUUUAAAAAAUUAAUUCUAAUAAAAAUAUUUGCAUUACUUAUACAAUUACAAUAUAUGAUGAAGUUGUUUUGCAGCACUUAGAGAUUUAACAGUCAAAAUGACAGACUUGUACAAAAAUAGUGUUAGUCUAGCCAGAAACAACGUGAGCAUUUACACAUUAUCUCAAAUGCUUAUGUAAUGGACAUGAAGAGCUUUAAAAUAAUCUUUUUUAACCUCAAGAGUUUUAAAACACAACUUAAGCAAAAUGGCUUAUAUUUAUAAAAUCAGUAAACAAAAUAAGGUAUUUAAUACUUCAAAUAUAAUAACUAAAUUAAAAUUGUAAAAUCCAAAUGUUUAGAGCUCAUCCUUAACAUUUAAUUGGAAUGUAGUCAAAAUAUUCAAACGAUUGCUAAGCUGCUCUUUCUUCUUGUCACUGACUUUGCCUGAUCGCAAUUUUUCAACACGUGUGACUUCAGACUUGACAAAGUCAUUCCCUUUCUCCAGGACCUUUCGAAGGGUUUUAACGUAUGUUUCUGCAGAAGUCUUCUCUUCACCUUCUGUAAAUUUCUCAGCAGCCUUGUCCGCAUUUUCUACUAUUUCAGCCCUCUUGUCAGCAGGGGCUUCAAAAAAUUGCUUAACAAGUUUAUCAAAGUCCUCUAUACAGCCUGGUCGACCAAGCCAUAGGCCUGUAUUUGGAAAAAAAAAUUAAAUAUUAUACUAAUAUUAUACCAUAAUUUUAGUAUUUUAGCAAGUUAGGAAAUAGACAUAACUCAAAAAGUGUGUAGUAAACUGAAAAAAAAAUCAUAUAUCUUUUUCAGCAGGAUUUAAAAUAUUUUUGUUAAAAGAAGGAGAAUUUAAUAUAUUUUGGGUCUUUGCAGAUUUGUAUUAUUCAAAGAACAGUAAAAAAAUUUCUAUUUUAAUAAAUAAUACAUAGUAAGGAUUAACUACGACAAAAACAAAAA